AUGGGUGGGCACCUUACUGGAUAAACAAUUUCUGAAUUUCUUUUGAUUAUCUGGACAUGAUGUUCAUUUCUUGGUUGAAUGCUGGUUCAAACAUGCUCAAAAUGAGACAAGCUCGUCGUAAAAGAAAUCCAAGAAAUGCUUUGGUGUAUUUUAAAAUUGAUAAAACAACUUCCAUAGUACCAACAGCCAAGGUUGUUCAGACAUCCGACUUAUUAAAAAUCGGUCAAGAAGUAACGGUAAAUUGGACAACUCAGCAGCAGUUUACUGGGGUAAUUAAGUUUCUAUCAGAUUCAAAUGCCGAGCUGUUGCAGAAACAGAAACAACUAGUGUUGGGCGACGACAAGCCAUAUGAUUUUUCGGAGGCUGUAGACUUAAGUGACAAAUUAAAUUUUAUUCUUAAAAUCGGUUGCGCGAACAACCGCGAUGCAUAGAAUAGAACACAUUUUGUAUUAUCUGUUUUCUGUUUGUAAUUCAUUGUAGGACUGUAAUUUAAAUACGCGUAUACCAAUGAUAGGCCUAUAUGCUUUGGAAAAGGUACGGUACUGUUAUAUCAUCUUGUACGUUUUGCUUAUUGUUCUAAUAAUAUACCCAUCGUUCUCUUAUUCCCUUCUGAUCUGCAAUGCCAAUCUUGACAGAUAACGUCACGCACAUUCUGGCACUUGGUGAAGUUGACGUAAUGCCAAUUACCGUACCUUAUAAUACGAUAACUAUCUCUAGCCACAGCAUUAAUUAUAACUCGUUCGUUUAUUUUUGUUUCUUAUAAAAUGUGAUCUCUUCAAUAGGCCCUACGUGUGUGGAUUUAUUUAUAUAUUUUCGACAAAUAAAUUAUUUUUAUUGAUAAGUAACUAAAUAUCAAUAAAUUUCUUUUUAAAAAACAUUCCAACAAUUUCUUUCGGCCCAACCUAAAAAAUAAAAUAAAUGCGUAUUUAUGAUACAUUUUUUUUUCAUAUAAUUACAUUCAGUAUUUAAUUUUACAGUUAUAUAUCCAGUCUUAAUGUUCAAUAUCGCUAUAACGAUAACUCAAUUUUUUCUUAAGUGGUCACUUAAUGAGCUAAAAACGUGUAAAUGUACACUGUUGAUUUUCAAUAUAAUCUUAAUUCUGGAAACUAUAGAUAGGCCUAAGAUAAUAUGUAUUGGUUUAGUUCUCUCCUUGGUUUAGUUCUCUCCUCCCAUUCAUAUAACGCUUUCUCUGAAUACAGUACCCCGAUGUUAUUUCACAACGUAAUUUCUUCAUGGUAGUAGGCCUACUACUAUUUUAUUCUGAAAUGAAAAGAAAAUAAAGGAGAAUCAAGCAGAAUCAAUGUAAUUAGUAUGUGUACUUAUUAUGUGUAAAAUGUAAAAAAUAGGCUAUCUAAUUUAUCUCAUGACCAAAAU